UCACUAUCGUAUUUCAGAGACAUUUUAAGAUGAUGAUGACGGGAAUCAUAAAGGGCGUUCUACUCCUCUCACUUCUAGCAUUCGGUGGAGGUCAGGCGUCCGUGCAGGUGCUGAACACGAAGGUGUCGUCGUUCUUCGACGAGCACUACGAGGAUUAUCUUAAACACAUGAAGGCUCACUUCGACAACUCCCUCGACUACCUCUUCACUAGCAACGCGUUUGCCGACCAAUCGUUCGAGCGCCCUGGGAUGGGCAAGAUCCUGCGAGAGGCGAGUGACCGCCACUGGCAGCUCGGCAUCAACGCCCUGAAGAAAUACCUGCAGAGAGGCGGCGACACCCCGGACCUGAACACGGCGAGCAACAGCAUUUCUGCGUACGGUUUCAUUAGCGACGAGCCGGCGCAGCUCCGACGAGAGGAAAUAUUCAAGCGUGCCUUCGAAUUUACGGGAGAGAACUUGCUGAAGUCUGACCAUAAGGACACCCCGGACUUCCCGGCGACAUACCUCAAGACCCUGGAGGAGGUAACGCAGGACUCUAAGGACAUGGUCGUCGCCCUCAACCUCCUGCACAAAGGCAGCACCCAGCGGCAUGGCAACGGUCCCUACGACGCUGAUAUGGCCCACUUCCUGGAAGAGAAGAUGGAGCAGGAAGUCGAGGUUCUGCGUAAGUUCAAGAACCUGCACACAACUCUCGACAAGAUGAAGGAGCUGGGGCUCGCUCGACACUUCUUUGAUCAGCACUUGUAAAUGAGGCCUUAUUGACUUGAUGUGGGCCCAGUUAUUCAUGGAUCCAAAUGUCAGCCACGCAACGGAAUUGAAGAUUAAAAUUUACUAAGAAGUUUCUCGUCGAAUGCUCGCGGUAACAAAGAAGCCCACAAAAAAUCCUCCAUCAAAAUUGCAGAAUCUUCACAAAAAAGCUGCCAUAGACACAAACACUAUGUAAAUGAAAGAAAUAUAAUAAAACUUUCACAAACUUGUUGUUUAAAUAAAGUUUGAUUAUAUUAUUUAUUUGAACUCCAUUAACAUUUCAUAAUAAUCGAGAGUUUAGUUAUAUUAUCUACAAAUAUCACAAUAAUUCGUCAAGGCAAUCAAUGACAUUUACUCACUAAUGU